ACGACCCACCCAGUGGGGAGCAAGAGUACAGAAGCACAGUUACGCGGUAGAAACCGAGAAGAACUUAAUUGUAGUGUUUGACAGUGUAAGAUAAACGUAAAAAACGGUGGAAUAUUAAAUAUUAUAUUCAUGUGAAUAAUUAAAAAUUAAUUCUAGUGUUAAAUACGUGUUAAUUACGCGCGAUUUCGCGUGUCCAGUAUCGAUUUUUUGUUUAUUGUGAAUAAAUUUCAAGAAAAAAACACCCUUUGCAAAGACGUUUUUCAUUAAACCAAAGCGAGAGAAGAGUGCUAGUUACGUUCUGCUGCGCCGGCAGCGGAAAGAGAAAGGAAACUGUUCCCGUAACUGAAGAUUAAACAAUUUAACCUGGAGUAAAAAUGUCAGGAAUAAUGCUAAACCUUUGCUUAUUACUUAGCAGCUUGCUAGUUUAUCAAAUACAAGCUGUUUCAGAACGACUGGAAUUAGCACCAGCUGGAGGACGAUCAGAACCUCAGGUUGCUACACUUUGUGAAGCAGGAGAAACAUAUCUUGCUCAACAUAUGAGUGACCAAGGACGAUGGAUUUCAUCGGCUGAUACGAAAAGCUGCAUGACAGAUAAAUUGGAGAUUUUGGAGUAUUGUAAAAAAGCUUAUCCAAAGAGAGAUAUUACUAAUAUUGUGGAAUCAUCACAUUAUGUCAGAGUUGGUGGUUGGUGUAAACCAGGCCGAACAAAAUGCAAAUUAUCUCGAUGGGUCAAACCAUACAGAUGUCUAGAAGGGCCUUUCCAAAGUGAUGCUCUUCUUGUACCUGAAGGAUGUUUGUUUGAUCAUUUGCAUAAUCACACCAAGUGUUGGGAAUCUCAUAGAUGGAACGCGACAGCGGCGGACACAUGUCGGGAAAGAAACAUGAACCUUAGAAGUUUUGCUAUGCUACUACCUUGCGGAAUAUCUCUUUUCUCUGGAGUAGAGUUUGUUUGCUGUCCUAAGCAUCUGAAAGAUACUAUGAAACCAAAGAAACCAAUAGAUUUACCAGUUGUGAAAGGUACUGAAGAUGAUUUGGACGAAGAUGAAGAUGAUUUAGAUGAUGAAGAUGACAUGGAUGGAGAUGGUGAUGGUGAUAUCGACAGUGAUGAUGACUCUGAUGGUGAUCUCGAGGAUGUUUUAAGCGAUCAAGCAUAUGGAGAUGAAAGUGAUGAAGCUUAUCUAGAUGAUUAUGACACUACUACUGCUGCAGCAGUUGCUGGUAAUAAACCAAUAACGACUGUGUCAACAACUGAGAAAAAUAAACAAGAAGCUACGGUAAUGCCUGUACCAGUUAACGCAAGUUCUCAAGCUCCAUCGCAAUCUCAAGGAACACCGGAUCCUUAUUUGACACAUUUUGAUCCAAGAUCAGAACAUCAGAAUUACAAACAAGCACAAAUGAGACUUGAAGAAGUUCACAAAGAGAAAGUUACUAAGGUGAUGAAGGAUUGGAGUGAUCUUGAAGAAAGAUAUCAAGAUAUUAGAGCACGAGAUCCGGUUGCAGCAGAUGCAUUCAAGCGUUGGAUGACAGCUAGAUUUCAAGAGACUGUUGCUGCAUUAGAGGCUAGUGGAGCUGCUGAGAAACAUCAAUUGAGUGCAAUGCAUCAGCAGAGAGUUCAAGAAGCUGUAAAGCAAAGAAAUGAAGAGGCUAUGUCGUGCUACACUGCUGCUUUAAAUGAAACACCACCAAAUAUGCAUCGUAUUCAAAAAUGUCUGCAAAAACUUCUACGUGCUCUUCAUAAAGAUCGACAUCACACGAUUGCCCAUUACAAACACCUCUUGGAUAGCAGUUUAGAACAGGCACAACGGGAAAAACCAGCAACGUUAGAACAUUUGGCUGAGAUUGAUAGGAUCACCAACCAAAGUCUCUUGAUGUUGGAACGGUAUCCAGAAUUGAGUGCAAAAAUUGGACGGCUGAUGGAUGAUUAUGUGUUGGCCCUUAGGAGCAAAGACGAGACACCUGGACUUCUUCUUGCUAUGACACGUGAGGCUGAGGCUGCUAUUUUGGACAAAUAUCAAGCUGAUGUUACUAGUAAACAACAGGAAAAGGAACAUCAAAAGCAGUUAGAACGUGAACGCAAAGAGCAACGUAAAGCAGAACGAGGUGAACUUCGUACAGAACAGGAACAACAUGAGGAAGGAGACCCUGUUAUUGAAAAAAAAGAUUCGAUUCAGCCGUUGGAACAACAGCCACAGGCUCAACAGCAAUCUUCAGCAGCGGCUAUACACAAUGAAGGAAUUAUUAAGGCUUCUCGUAGCAUGACUCAUGAUGUUUCACAUUCCGAACCUAGCUACUCUUUAAGACGAGAAAUUUAUCAUAGAGAAAGCCGUUCGGUUUACUUUACCGUGGCAUUUGCUGGUAUUGCUUUGAUGGCAGCUGCGAUAGUAGGUAUUGCAAUUUUCAAAAGACGUAGCGCUAGAAGCCCACACAGUCAAGGAUUCAUUGAAGUAGAUCAAGCAGCAACUCCAGAAGAACGGCAUGUAGCUAAUAUGCAAAUUAAUGGCUACGAAAAUCCAACUUAUAAAUAUUUUGAAGUGAAAGAAUAAGUUAAUUUAAAUGAUAGAUGAUUGAUGCAGAAUGUUUACACACCAUU